AUUUCCACAGUUGCUCUGAGUUUGCGCAGAAAUGCCACGAGGACUGAGCUGGACGCGUGGUUUGUCUCUCGCCUGUUAAUCGAUCGAUGAAAUCCAGCAUCGCGCGGGGGAAAUCAUGACUCGGGUUAAAUGCUCGCCCCGGUCCGGAGGUGUUGUGAUGUGAGACCUGAACCGGCGGUACAUGUGUGUUUCGAGGAACAGUCGCGACUCCUGUCGACCGCUUGGUGGCGUCGAACUCUCUGACGGAGUAAAAUGUUGGUCAGUUCGCCGGCUGCGGCUUUGCACACGCCGCUGUUUGACAACAGCAAGUCGUGGAAAGUCGGCGACCAGGAGCCCAGCCUGAGUCUGUCCUUCCAUCACGCCAUGCCGGUCGUCAUGACGAACGUCGUGGACACCGCCAUACCGCCGUGCAAGAGCGAUGCGGGAGACGGGGCCUCGCUCAAGAGCCUGGAAAACGUGUCGGGGAACUUGUCUUGUAGAGGCGGCGACGAGUCGCCGUCGCUCAUGGCGUCGAUUCUGCAGGAGCUGGACAAGAAACGGAAAGCUGAAGCUGCUGUGGCUGAACAGUCGCAGCCGAGCCCCGGCAAGAAGAGCUCUUUGUCCUCUCCGAAUCAGGAAGCUGACAAAACCAACGCUACUUCCGGACAACAGCCGAAGCAUCACGCUUUGAAGAGAGUGUCAUUCGGCAGCUCGAAAGGCAGCAUGGUGGAGACAUUAAUCUACGACGACACGUGCCCUUUGGACAGCAAACCCGCUGAUCACGUUGACGACACCGGGGAGACCAACCUGGAACAUCGUCAACGUCAUCGACGUUCCAAUAAUGUAUUCCACAAGCUUAAUUCCAAUAGCUUGACUGCAUCCGAAUGUGACCCGACAAUUCGGCCUCUUCCUGAGCAGCGCAUUGAUAGUUAUCUCCCCAAGACGGAAGUGAGCGGCGGUCAGCGAGGGAGUGCCGACAGCAGGUGCGGCUUGGGAACGAGGAAUGCUAAUCACCCGCAACGUGGGUUCAUACUAUGCCCAUCGUGGUGCCCGAUGGGCAUAAUAUGA